GAUGGGAGGUGCUCACGAUGGCGGAAAUGGCCAUGAUGCCGGCCUUGGUUAGAGCUUCUAGAACAAAGUAUAAGUAGAGCUGAAUUCACCUGGAGGAUGAGCAGACAAUUCAACAAGUCUCAGAUGCUUUGAGCGGCUUCUAUAUUCUUAAUACUAUUACUACUACAACGUGAUAAACACCAGAAAAGCCAACAUGGUCUUUGGAAGAGAUAAAGAGCCCAAGCAGCAGGAGACUGCGGAGAUUCCCGAUCAUCUCACUGACUUGCACUGCUUUACCGAAACUGAAGGCGUUGUCACAACCACCAUGAUGGAUCUCCCUGGUUACCGCAUCGAGCAAGUCCUCGGCACAGUCUACGGCAUUACAGUGCGGUCGCGUAACAUUGGCGCCAGCCUGGGCAUGGUCAUGAAGAGCAUGGCUGGCGGAGAGCUUCGCUGGUUCACAUCCAUGCUGUACUCGUGCCGCAACGACUCCAUCAGCAGAGUGGUGGAGGAGUGCAAGAAGCGGGGAGGAAACGCCAUCAUCUGCCUGAGGUUCGAUGCCGGUGAUAUGGGCGGCUUUGCCCAGACAGCAGCGUAUGGAACAGCGUGUCGGGUGGUCAAGAUUGACGAUCCAAGCGUCCAUGUCCCCCCUCAGCUGCAGGGCAUGACACAGUAGCUGGAGCGGGUAAGAAUCCGGCGCUAGGAGAGGCUGAUGGCGGACGAAUCAUGGCCAUCUGGGGCUUGAUUGUGAGUUGUGAGUUGUGAAUUCUGAGCAUCAAGGCUGCGGUAGCUGAGGAGGGUGGUGUGUACAGCAACCAAUGUUGAUGCUUCUAUUCAUGGCGAUUUGGAGAAGCUGAAUGAUUGGAGGAUGAUACUAUAAGACUUGAUAGGUUGCUUGUCUCGUGGUAUCUGUCUGCCUCAUUGGUUCAUGUAUUUUAGGUCUCUUACUUAUUCUGUAUUCAUUCUGCUCUGUUGAUUGAGAUAGCCUUACUCUUACACCCCAUAUGUGCCUUGUAUGAUCCGCGGCCAACACACAGAUAGGCAUCUUUGACCGAAAAAAAAAAAAAAAUAUGCCG